AUGGCACCUGAGGUGGCCCGUGGGGAGGAGCAGGGAUUUCCUGCUGAUGUGUGGGCACUUGGGGGUACAGUGUUGGAGAUGAUAACAGGAAAGCCACCCUGGCACUAUCUGUAUGAUGAUGACCCUGUUAUGGUGCUUUAUCGAAUCGGUUUUUGGGAUGAAGUGCCAGAAAUUCCAAGCCAUAUUUCAGAGGAAGGGAAGGAUUUUCUGACGAAAUGUUUUAAGAGGGACCCUCAUGAGAGGCAAUUGGUCGAGCAACUUCUUGAGCAUGAAUUUGUUAAUACCUUUAACGAGCAUAUUGAUUAUGAGUUUGAGUUGCAUAACUCUAAUUUGCAUACUCCUAUGAGUGUGUUGGAAAUGGAGCAGGACAAUAUACAGACAGCAUCUAAUUGUUGUCCUUAUCGUUUGAGGAGUCCUAUUAUUAAUCCUAGAGGCAGGAUUAGUGGGUUGUGUAUAGUAGAUACAGAAAUGUUUGAUGCCUGA